UCGACCUUAAUGCCUGCUAUCAAAACCACUCAAAAACAUCAUCUGAUCUUCCGACUUCCUAGUGGAUACUCAUUCUGGACGCAUACGGCAAACACACGAGUGACUGUCUGAAAUCAGGACUGAAGUUUUGAUAACGAUCUCGGCAGAAUAAGUUCGUAAAGUUCUGCUUAGAAAACUCAGCGUGUCUUGCAGUCCAAAGUUCUCUGUAGCUGUAGCGGCCAUCGUCUUCAGGAUCGAUUUCAAAAGCCUGGUAGUGGUAAUUGCCGUUGUUUUUUUCCCUUAUCCCCCUCUUUUUUCUUUUUCGUUAUUUUAAGUUGUUUUUAGUUAGGCGAAUUUUGUGGUUCAUGCUCACAAAUGUUAGCUGUUGGGCAGAUGGAUGCUAAUCGGCAGAGUGCUUUCGUCCUCGGUAGUACCCCGCUGGCAGCACUGCACAACAUGACGGAGAUGAAGACAUCUUUAUUUCCCUACACUUUGCAGAAUCCCUCGGGUUUCAAAGCACCUUCUCUCACGAAUUUGAACUCGCAGAUCCCUCUGGGUACGCCACAUGGAAUUAGCGAUAUUCUGGGAAGACCUAUUACCACGGCUGGACAACUGCUAUCGGGAUUUCCCCGGAUAAAUGGCCUGGCCACCUCCGCAGGAAUGUACUUUAACCCAGCAGCCGUUUCUCGGUACCCGAAGCCUCUGACGGAGCUCCCAGGGAGAGCGCCGAUAUUCUGGCCCGGUAUGAUGCAGAGCUCACCCUGGAGGGACGCGCGGGUCCCCUGUCCGGCCCAAGCUAAUAUGAUGUUGGACAAAGACGGCAAGAAAAAACACUCUAGACCCACAUUUUCUGGACAACAGAUUUUUGCUUUGGAAAAAACAUUUGAGCAGACGAAGUACCUAGCCGGCCCGGAGAGAGCACGACUUGCGUAUUCCUUAGGAAUGACAGAGAGCCAGGUUAAGGUGUGGUUUCAGAACCGGAGAACUAAAUGGCGGAAGAGGCAUGCGGCGGAAAUGGCAACGGCCAAAAAGAAGCACGAUUCCGAAACGGAGAAAAUGAAGGAGAGCUCGGACAAUGAGGACGAUGACGAGUACAACAAACCCCUGGACCCAAACUCAGAUGACGAAAAGAUAACGAGACUGCUGAAAAAGCACAAGGCCACAAAUUUGACCUUAAUCAGCCCAUGCAGCAACAGCUCGGACGCCUUGUGAUGGCACCUGACGGCGAAGAGACUCAAAUAAUUCCAAGGGGCUUCUAAAGCCGAUUUAACCAGGGUAUAAAAUGUUUUAAAAGAGAGAAAAAAGCGGCGCUAAUUGGUGUUAUGAGUGAUGUGUUGUACAGACGAUAAUGUAAGUGAGAUGUAUAUAUUUUUUACCGAAUAAGUUAUGUAAUUAAACAACGGCGCGACGGACUUGGAACGCUACCCCCUUUCUCCCAAAGUCUAGGCAUUUCGUCUCAUGUUUCUGUUAGCCUAAUUUUGUAAUUUCACAGAAUAAUGUAAUCUAACAAUCUCUCCCACGUCCAACAGCUUGAAAUUCACCACCGGUACACUAUGUAAAAAGUACAAAUGUUGUAAAUUAUCAUGUAAAGAAAAGAUGUUUAACAUUUUCCAC